GCUCUGCGAUAGUUUCGAAUUAAUUUAAAUUAAAUAAUUAAAUAGAAUAUCCCUGUAACUAUGUAUAUAAAGUUUUCAUACUGAAUACAAUCCUCCUGUUCUUUAGAACACUGUCAUGUAAAUAUUUAUAGUUAUUUAGAUAUUUUUCGUUAAAAAUGGAUAUGAACAACCCUCCAAAUCAAAGCUAUUGGUUUGUACUUAGAGAAGAUCAGAGCAAUGUGAUACUUAGUACCAAUAAUUUUGUUAAUCAAAAUCCCCAAAUUCCACUUCAAGAGACAAGAUACGUAGUAGAAACAGGAGAAAAUAGACAAUUUAUCCACAUAAAUGAACCUCCGAUAAUCGUACAAGAACAUGAUAGCCAACCACAAGAAAAAGUUUGUAGUACUACUAAAGACGUCUUUUGGGAUAGAAGCAAAAUAAGACUACUCCUUAAACUGUGCCUAGAAGACAGAUUCAAAAACAUAAAUAAACAAAAAACAUUAUGGCAUGACAUUGCAUCGCAUGUAGGUACUACUGCAGAUGAAUGUUGUAAAAAAUACAGAAAUUUAAGGAGAACUUAUAUUAGGCUCUUAAAAAAGAAUAGGUUAGGCAAAGAAAUCAAAUGGGUGCAUUAUAAUACAUGUGAAGAAGUUUUCAAAGAGUGUAAAUCACUCCCCUCUUCUUUUCUAGAAACUUGGGAUGAUCAAAAAGUAAGAAAACUCUUACUUUUAUAUAUUGAAAAUCUUCACCGUUUAAGAAGCUCAACUUGCCUACAAAAAGAUAUUUGGAAAGAAAUUGCAUUAGAAAUUGGCACAACAGAAUAUAACUGCUAUCACAAGUUUAAAAACAUGAAAAGAGCUUAUUUAAAUUGGUUGGAAAGAAGCAAGGACACAGGAAAACCAAUAAAGUGGCCUUACCAUCACUUUUUUGAACGAAUAUAUUAUAAUAGCAACCCUAACACUGGUCCUUGGAAUCGAACAAAGAUUAGAUUGUUAUUGGAUGCAUACAUAGAGAGACUAAACAAGUUUAGAAACCCAAGAUAUUUAAAAAAAGAAUUGUGGAAAGAGAUUUCAGAAACAGUAGGAGAAAAUCCACCAGAUUGUGAAAAAAAAUUUAGAAAUCUAAAGCAGACCUAUAUCAGAAUUCGGUCAAAAGUUGAAUCGGGGUUAGCGGUCACAAAGUGGCGAUAUUACAAAGAUUUCGAAGAAAUUUACGGUCAUCAAACAUAUUGCACUACUAAUAACGUUAAAUUAGUUUACAAACCAAAUAGAGAUGAUUAUGUAAGACAAUUACUAUUAUUUUAUAUUGAAAAUGUAGAUAAAUUUAGGGAUCCUCUAAUAAAAAAACGCACUUUGUGGAAGAAACUUAGUCCGCAAAUUCUAUUAUCACCAGACGAAUGUGAUAGGAAGUUUAGAAAUUUAAAACAAACUUACAUCCGGUUAAUAGAAAGAAAAAGAGAAACUGGUAAAAAUACCAAAUGGCCGUAUUUCUCAUACUUCGAGAAAAUAUUUGAUGUUCCAAAUCAAAAUGCCCGCUCUGUAGACAAUUUGACAAUCCACGAAAUUAAAAGGGUUGUCCAAGAAAUGCAAGAUGUAAGGGAUACAAGUAAGUUUGAUAAACUAGUACAGUCUAUGGAAGAGUCCAACAUGAUACAGAGAGAACGCAAUAAAAUAUUACUUGCCCUGUUAAACCGAAAUUAAAGUAAAAGGAGGAAAAAUAAAAGUUAC